UCCGCGUCCGAAAGUUAUAAGCGGCGGAAUAGUCGGGCGGGAAAACUUCGCGCAUGCCCUAUAAAGAUACUUUUAAAAAAACAAACCACCACCCAACACCAUCUUCUUUUUGACUUCCGCCUUUUGCCGCUCCCUCAUUUAAACCGACAACCUGACAUUACGUCCUUUUUUCUGUGGUUCAUAGCGCCACCCGCAUGUUCUUACUUGAAUUUUUUUUUUUUUUAGAAGGAGGACGUUAGGGUGGGUAUUCGAAGAAGAAGGCGGUGCCUCGGGGAAAGCUUUUGUUUCAUUGGUUCUCGGGAGCGUUUGUAAUCUUCUUAUGGCGCCCAAGUCGGGCGGUCUGCAAAGAUUUGUUUUUUUUUUCCCCCCUGUUGUUAGUUACCUCCGUCGCUUUCCCUCACGGUUCCCACAGAAAGUCGGUAAACACGCACGUGACAAGUGAUCUUUAGGGUAUCCAAGCGCGGUCCAAGUUGAGCAUGGCUUCUUCCAAACGCAAGGAUCCGGCUUCUGCGGCAGCAUCCCGGAUCUUUGUGCUGGAGGAAGAAGUCAGGAGCCUGACUGAGGAGCUGAACCAGUGCCAGGCUGAUAAAGAAUUUGUAUGGUCAUUAUGGAAACGUCUCCAGGUUGCAAACCCAGAUGUUACUCAAGCAAUCAGUUUGGUUGUGGAAAGAGAAAAGCAGAAGGCUGAACUCAAGGACAGGAAGGUUUUGGAGAUUUUGCAAGUUAAAGACAAUAAAAUUCAGACACUGGAGCAGAGAACAAGUGGGCAACAAGAGGAGAUAAACAACCUGGUGCAGAGGAAAAUUGCUGUGGAUGAAGAAAAUGCUGCCUUAAAAAAUGAGCUUUGCAUCUUACAGAAAUCUCAAGAUGCAAGAAUGCAAGAACUUAAGGACACCAAGGAGUGUGCACAGAGAAAGGAUGAGCAAAGCAGACUGGUUAUAAAAAAUCUGGAGAAGGAAAAUGAGGGUUUAAAUACACGCUAUGCUGACCUGCUAAAUGACCUGGAGAAACUGAAGAAGCAGGACUCACAAUGGAGAAUAGAAAAGUGUGGCAUCGAUGCAAAAAUAAAGAAUUUGGAAUCGGCUUUAAGAGAAGCAAGGGGACAAGUGGAAGUCCUUCACAAUAGAUGUGAUGACCUGACAUCUCAGCUGGGGGUUAAGCAGACUGAAUUAACACAAAAGGAUUUGGAUAUGGCCAGAGCUAAGAAAGAAUUGCAGGAGCUGCAGAAUCUCUACAAACAAAACACCGAACAUGCAGCACAGCAGGCGAAGCUGAUCCAGCAGCUUCAGGCUCUCAAUACAGAUACACAAAAAGUACUGAGAACUCAGGAGGAUGCUCACACAGCUGAAACAAUAUCAUACCAAAAACUUUAUAAUGAAUUGACAAUAUGUUUUGAAAAAGUCAAAGCAAGUGAAGUUCAACUCCGGCAAAAUCAAGUUCCUCUCCAAGAUAAAUUAUUUGAAAAAGAACAACAUAUCAGUCAACUGGAAAAGCAACUCCAUGAGGCCUUCUGUUCUGCAUCUUCAUUACCCUACCAGACUUAUCCAGAACCAAGAAAGGGGGAAUUCCAACGGUAUUCUUUAACAGAGCUAAAACACCUCGUAAUGUCUCAAAAGACUGAAAUAGAGCUUUUGCAAAAAAAAUUGAAAAUAACAAAUUGUUCACUGGCAAAUCAUAGUCUUUGCAGUAGAGAUUUCUUGGAUUGCAUCAGUACUAGGGCUGGGAAAAAAUACAAGAAACCACCUGUGAAACGUUCAAGGUCUCUGUCCCCAAAGAGCUUUUUGAAAGAGUCAGAAGAACUAAGGAAGCUCAAAAUAGCUGAAAGAAAGAUUGAAAACUUAGAAAAGACACUACAACUAAAGAUUCAAGAAAAUGAUGAGCUGAGACAAGCCCAUGAAAAACGUAAGAAACGUCUGCAGACGUUACAGAUCAAUUACAGGACAGUAAAAAAUCAAUUAAAGCAAUUAGAGGAAGGUUAUUGCAAACUUGGAAACACUAAGAAUGGAAAAGAGCGUUCAGAUCCUCAGCAUCUGCGUCAAGAAAAUUCUGAUGCAGUGUGGAAUGAACUGGCAUACUUUAAAAAAGAACACAAGAAGCUGUUGAUUGAAAAACUGAAUUUGGAGGAGGAACUGGAUCAGAUGAAAGUGCAUGCCUCUAGAGAUAAAACUACAAUACAAGAGUUGAAUAUGUGUUUGCAGCAAGAAAGAGAAGGUAAGCUUGAUUUAGCCAUCCUGACAAUCUACAAGUACUCCUCGCUUAAUGUCCUUGUAGCAUUGCAUUGCAGCAUCCCUAAGGACAAGAUGAAUACUUCUUCCUUAGAUAUUGUUCCUGUGAUCAUAAGUUUUGCCUGGUGUGCUAAUCUCUGCCUCACCAAUAUUUCACAAUUGGAAAGAAGAAUAAUGGGCUUUGAAAAAGAAUCCAAGAAGCUGAAGGAAAUUAAUAAAGGGUUAGUUAGGGAUAAAAGCGAGCUGAAACUAUUACUUAACAAGCAUACAGGAGAUGCAGAAGACAGAGAAAAAGAGCUGAAGAUAUUGGUGGAAAAGAUCACAGAAGCAAAGAAGGACAAAUCAAAGCUCCAGUUAAUAAUAGAUGGAUUGGAAAAAGAGGUCACUUCUCUAAAGAGGCAAGUGGCAGAAGGAAAUUUAUUGAAAAAUGAAAAUGUGGAUUUGGUGAUUCAAGUGAAACAACUGCAGACUUUAUUGGACAAAGCAAAAAUGCUUGACUCCAAAGCCACAGUGGAAGCAGCUUGUGGACAAUGUAGGUGUAAGAAUACAGGUGCCAAUGUUAAAUUGAAAACGGGAAAGAAAAAGAGCUUGGUGGAACAUCAGUCUCUUUGCAAUCAGUCCAUCAAGGAUAUGAGCGGUGCACUUGAGAACUUCAGUAAGGACGGCUGGGAAGAUAUGAGUGAAAGCAGGAUGAAUACUUCUUCCUUAGAUAUUGUUCCUGUGAUCAUAAGUUUUGCCUGGUGUGCUAAUCUCUGCCUCACCAAUGUUAAAUUGAAAAUGGGAAAGAAAAAGAGCUUGGUGGAACAUCAGUCUCUUUGCAAUCAGUCCAUCAAGGAUAUGAGCGGUGCACUUGAGAACUUCAGUAAGGACGGCUGGGAAGAUAUGAGUGAAAGCAGUGACUCUGAAAUACUGAAUUCUGAAAACCUGGAGACAAGAGCAGUACAUCAUAUUUCACUGACAAAAAGAAAUGAACAGCAAGAACAAAAUAAGAUCGAGAAUAAUAAAAUAAUCCCAAGCAGCAUGUGUUUAGAAAAUGAAAGCAAAUUACCUCAGAAAAAGAAAAACAAAGGUGAACUAGUAACAACUGUCCAAAGGAAAAAGAUUCUAAAUUCGGCAUUCAAUCCUUACAAAGUUAAUAGAGAGAAGAUAAGAACUAUCAUGGUCCAGAAACCGGGCUCCUCCGUGUCACUUUGGGGACGGAUCACAUCUUUACAGCAGCAGUUAGCUCUAGUACAGAAAUCAAAAAGAACAGCAGUAUCAUCUCUCAAGAAGUCCAGAGAAGCAAAUAAAAGAUUAAUAUCCCAGUUGCAGCUAACCAAACAGCAACUUCAGGCCAGCAAACAAACUGUUCAGACCCUGACAUCUAGCCUGACUGAAUUGCAACGAGAAAAAUCAGGUUUACAAGAAAAAUUGGACCACCUGAUCCAGGCGACCAAAGGGAGAGAAGGCCUGUCUCUUCUAGCAUCUGGCCAUACUGGAAUGGCACCAGCUACUCCUGUCAAGACUGUAGAUUUGGAAAUGAAGCAGCUACAGUGUAAACUGAAGAAUGCAAAUAAUGAAAUCACUAAACAUUCAUCAACCAUUAAAUCUUUGAAAUCCGAAGUCCAAAGAAAAGAAGAACAGAUGCAGGAACUGCAAGAAAAGAUUUCUAGAAUGGAAAGAGAUAUAAGUAUGAAAAGGCAUUUAAUAGAAGAUUGGAGGCUGCGUAUGAAAACAUAUCAGGAAAAGGAGAAAAGCUUUAAUGAAACAUUACAAUGUCUGGAAGAAAAGGCAAAGACAUUAACUGAGGACUGUUCAAAUAAAAAAAUAUCCAUUGAUUCAUUAAAGCAGAGGCUUAAUGUAGCAACCAAAGAAAAGACACAGUACGAGCAGAUGUAUCACAGAACUAAAGAAGACUUGGAGAAAAAGGAGCUUAAUCUUUCCAAUCUAGAAGCUAAAAUGGCAGAGACAGAAUGUACCAUGACUGAACUUGAAACAACGGCAUCUCAACAGCUUCACAGCUUAGCAAGGCAAAGUGAACAGGCACUUGAAAUGGUGCAGAAAAAGUUGAUCAUGUCCAAUGAAAAAGUGGAAGAGUUCAUAACUUUUGUAAAGAGCUUGGCCACUGAGUUACAGCAUAAUGUGAAAGAGAUGCGAACACGAAUCAGAUGUACUAAAAAAAUGCAGGAAGACAAAAAAUGUGGUGGUAACAUUUCCAAAGAAUCUGUUCACCGGGCUCAGUCCUUGGCAGCAUCAAUCCUUAAUAUUUCAAAAACUGAUUUAGAUGAGAUUCUCGAUGUUGUAAAUGAUGAGGAAACAGAACAGAUGAAAAUGGAAUAUGAAAGUGACAAAGAAUGGUUGAGCUAUCUACAAAAACUUCUGGAAGGACAGUUUCCUUUUGCUUCAUAUUUAAUGGAUGCAGUGCUGGAAAAACUAAAUGAACAAAAGAAGCUGGCAGAAGAAUACAGUUCUCUGAUGAAACGAGCAGCCUAGGAGGAGCUCAUAAACUGACUUUUAAAAAGGAAGAGGGUUUUCUUUUGCCCUGGAUCCUGUUCCUGGGAUUAGUGCACAAAACUGAUGACCUGUCAUAUUCAAUAGCAUCUGGAUUUGCUUCAUUUAUGUAAAUUAAUACAAAUAAUCAAAAUAGAUUCACAAAUCUAUUUUGUGUGAUAGAUACAGAACAAAAUAAACUGGCAAUCCAACAAAAUACGAAACUACCUUAGUGUGAUUUCUUUUUACUGUUCUUUGUGUAUUGUAUACACUUUCAUAAAGUAGGUUUGCAAUUUUCAGUAUAAAUGUUCUGAAG